AUGAAUUAUCAAACUGAGAAUAUCAUUGAUUUUGAAUGUAUAAAUAAAAUGAGACUUAAUUGGAAUAUUUAUAAAGAAGAGGAAAUUAUGGAAGUUAUGAACAUGUUGGAAUCUAAAAAUAAUUUAAAAUUAUUAUCAAUCCAAGAGAAUUAUUCCUCAACUACAAAAGUAUCAUCGGUAUUGGGCGAUUCUGAUAUUGGAAGACAAAUUAGCUUUUUUGAUCAUAUCAAUUCCUUUUCUCAAAAUGCUAUUAAAUCCCACAUUCCAGGUGAUUAA